GAGGGGCGUAAGAGGGGCGGGACCAUCGCAGGCAAGGUCCAAGAAGAAAUGUUCUUUUCUGGAGUCGGGAUAAAGAGUUUUAUUCCGAAUAGUGUGUGGUCUAAACGCUGAGCUGUCGAGAUGGCUGACAACAGAGAUAAAGCUACCGACCAAAUGAAGACAUGGAAAGCGAAUAGAGGCUCUCAGAAACCAGAUGUGCUGACCACAGGCGGUGGCCAUCCAGUGGGAGACAAAUUGAACUUGCAGACUGCAGGGCCAAGAGGGCCGCUGCUGGUUCAAGAUGUUGUCUUCACAGACGAGAUGGCCCACUUUGACCGUGAGCGAAUCCCAGAGAGAGUGGUCCAUGCCAAAGGGGCAGGUGCAGAUGGUACACACUGGCUCCAAAUUUAGUUUAAAAUAGUCAACCAUAUUACGUCAUUGAUUUUUGGAGUUGCUGUCUUAUGGUUUGUUUGUUUGUUUUUUAAUAUCCCAGCUGGAGAGUCUGGGUCUGCAGACACUGUGCGUGACCCUCGAGGUUUUGCCGUCAAGUUUUACACUGAAGAUGGCAACUGGGACCUGACGGGCAACAAUACCCCAAUUUUCUUCAUCAGGGAUGCCAUGCUGUUCCCAUCCUUCGUCCAUUCCCAGAAGCGCAAUCCCCAAACCCACAUGAAAGACCCUGACAUGGUGUGGGACUUCUGGAGUUUGAGGCCCGAGAGUCUGCAUCAGGUGUCUUUCUUGUUCAGCGAUCGAGGUUUGCCUGAUGGCCACCGUCACAUGAAUGGCUACGGCUCUCACACCUUCAAACUGGUCAAUGCUGAUGGUGAACGUGUCUACUGCAAAUUCCACUAUAAGACGGAUCAAGGAAUAAAGAAUUUGACGGUGGAAGAGGCAGACCGCCUGGCAGCCACCAACCCAGAUUAUGGAAUUGCAGACCUGUUCAAUGCUAUUGCUAAUGGAAACUACCCAUCCUGGACCUUUUACAUCCAGGUCAUGACCUUUGAGCAGGCUGAGAAGUUCCGGUUCAACCCGUUUGAUCUUACAAAGGUUUGGUCACAUAAAGAAUACCCACUGAUCCCUGUGGGCAAACUGGUUCUGAACAGGAACCCAGUCAACUACUUUGCAGAGGUGGAGCAGGCGGCCUUUGACCCAAGCAACAUGCCACCAGGCAUCGAGCCCAGCCCUGACAAGAUGCUGCAGGGUCGCCUCUUCUCCUACCCAGACACGCAUCGUCACCGGCUGGGAGCAAACUACCUGCAGAUCCCUGUCAACUGCCCCUUCAGGGCUCGUGUGGCCAACUACCAGCGUGAUGGUCCGAUGUGCAUGCAUGACAACCAAGGUGGCGCUCCAAACUACUACCCUAACAGCUUCAGUGCCCCAGAGACUCAGCCUCAGUUUAUGGAGUCCAAGUUCCAAGUGUCUGCAGAUGUUGCUCGUUACAACAGCUCAGAUGAAGACAAUGUCACACAGGUUCGCACCUUCUACACUCAGGUCCUGAAUGAGGAGGAGCGACAGAGACUUUGCCAGAACUUGGCAGGGUUUCUAAAAGGAGCCCAGCUCUUCAUCCAGAAACGCAUGGUCGAGAAUUUGAAGGCUGUGCAUCCAGACUAUGGAAACAGAGUUGAGACUCUUCUCAAGAAGUACAAUGCAGAGGCCAAGAAGGAUGCCACUUUGCACGUUUACAGCCGUCCUGGAGCCUCAGCCAUCACCGCCUCAUCUAAGAUGUGAUGCCUUAAAUUUCAAAAGAUGCACCUGUGUGAUAACUGUUAACUAAAAUGGACCAUUAUUCGAGCCAUCAGAAAAGGUUCAGAAUACUAGCAGUCUAGUUUUUAAAUGUUUUGGCUAAUUGGUUUUUAAUUUAGUUUUUCCAAGCAGUUUAUUUCUAAUAAUUCUCAGCAGCACUUGCAUUUUUCUUGUUAUCUACAACAUAACAAGGUUGAGAUAAAGUCGCCAUGAUUCUACUGCAGUGUUUUUGAGCUUUGAAUAGUUAUUGUUAGAUCAAUCAAGUUUAAUAUGCAUUUAAGAGCAUUUUAUUCCAUUUAAUUUUGAUUUGAUUGCAUUAAGUUCAUUUACUAAACCAGUCUUAGCUAAUUCCUCAGAGUGUGUAUACUACUAAACUACAAUGCUUGAAAAUUUAAAAAGCAUUGUAACUUUAAAAGAAAUCUGUUCACUUGUUAAAAAUUAUGUUUGGUAUCUGCUUUAAUGUCAAAUCUCGGUUUAAGCUGAUAAAACAUCUGGAGUUUUUAUGAACCACAGGUUUGCUGCUGCUUUAUUUCCCAGAAUGAGCAAUGAUCUGUUGUGGUUACUAGUAGGGCUGUGCGAUAUGACCAAAAUCUCAUAUUCCGAUAUAAGACAUUUAU